UUUGAAAUUUGAAAUAACAUGCAUUAAACAAAAAAUUAUACUUCUUUUUUGGUUUUAUUUGUUUAAAGUAUUUAAUGUACUUAAUUAUAAUGAAGAAAAAUCUUAAAUCAAGUGUCUUGUACGAUUGAUCAUUAAGGGAUUGACAAUACAAACAAUUUUGACUUACCUUUUACGUUUGGAUGUCUAUUGAUGUACGGAUGACCAAAAGUCAAAUUAUUUAGCAGAAAUAAUUGGAUAUACGUCAUUCAUCUCACUUGUAAAAGGAACGUUUUCGUAGAAAAUAAUAAGACAUUGGUAAAGGUUUAUAUUCCUUAUUACUUGACCUUUUACUUUACACACCCGUUUUCAACUUGGCUCAUUAACAUUCAAUUUGGGAAAGAUUGAAAUAUUCACAAGAUUGAACAAUGCCAACCAUGGAAGAAUUCAUGGAGGAGCUCGAGGCUGCAAUUAAGAACAGACGUCUAAGAGACCAGUGUACAAUGCCAGACAGAGCAGAAUUCAUAGAGGAGCCCGAGGCUGCAAUUGAGAACAGACGCCAGGGUUGUAAAAGUAGGAAUAAGACAUUUGUGGUAUAUCUAGUGGCUUUUCUCAUUGUUGUGAGUUGUUUUAUAUACAUUGUAUAUACUCAAACAAACGCUAACAGUGAUUUGAUGGAAGUACUUACAUCGUCAAACCAACAUGCAAAUGGAUUACUUGGUGGACAGAUACAAUCAGACAAUACACAGAAACAUUAUCUGAAUAUUGGGAUGCGACAAGACUAUCUGCUCCAAGAAUGUCAAGGGACUCACUUUAAACUUUCGUUUCCGGACAUCGACUAUGCUUUAAUGGGUUACAACAUAUUGCGUGGUUUUCCUCUUGCAACUGGACAUGAUCCUGGCUUUACGUACCCGAUCUUUGCUGCCAAUUACGAAAACGAAAAGCAAACAGCCGAUUGUCGCUAUAGUGUCCCACAAGGUCUUGUUGUGGUCCCGGACGUGUCGUGCAUUACGUCGUUUACAUCAAAAGUCGUUCAAACACAAUACGAGUUUGCUAAUUCACUAUCAGUGUCUGCCAGUGUAAGUGGUAGUGGAUGGGGUUUAAGCUUUUCUGCAAGCGCCGAUUACAAAGCAUCUUCGUCACAAAUAUCAACUGGAGAGUCCGUUUACAUACUCUCCUCGGCGAGCUGCAGUUAUUACUUCAGCAAACUAGUCAAGCGGUCACCUCCACCACUAGAUCCUGUUUUUCUUAGCUGGGUCAAAAGACUAAGUAGUACAAACUCCACUGAUGUAUAUUUAGAAUUCCUUGACACAUAUGGAACUCAUUUUCCUACUGAAGUCACAUUUGGAGCAAGGUUUACUUACGAACAUAAAAUGGAAUCAAAGAAGUACGAAACUCAAAUUGAAAGUGGAGUCAACGUUGAGGCCUCUGCAAGCUAUUCUGGUUUUUUCAAUGUCGGCGGAGGAUUUUCUAUGGAUUCUUCCCAAAAACUAAAGGCUUCUGCAUUUUCAAAAUCAGUGGAAACGAAAACAAUUUCAGUUGGAGCAGCGCCUCCUGCAAACGGCGACGCAAUGACUUGGGCUUUAACAGUAAAGGACAGUCCUGUGCCAACUAGCUACAAACUUGCGUCGAUAGAGGAGCUCUUUACAGAAAAGUAUAUGAACCCGGCCGAAUUAACCGUUAAUCUUGCCCAUAUUGCAAAAACAAUCAAUAAAACAAAGCACGCAUAUUGCCAGAGUAUGAUAUCUAAAGGUGAAGUGGAAUCGUGCCAAUCACUGACCCCAGGAAUGAUGCUUGAUGGGACAAGACUAUAUCAUUACUAUGAUUCAAUAGUUUCAACGUACAAAGAAUGCAUAGACCAUUGUUUGAAACUUAUUGAUUGUGUCGCAAUUACUUAUUGUGAUACUUGUGACAGAUAUAGAAACUAUUAUCAGACUUGUUACAUGUACAGCACAGUUAAGAAAAUUUCUGGAGAUGAGGGCACCAACUGGAAAUCCAUGUUUUUAAUUGGGAAGUCGAGUGAAGACCUUAUACUUGAUGGCACGGAUAUUAAAGGUACAAAAAGGGAGUUGGAUGUAGAAGAUCUAGAUGAUGAAAGAAACAUAAAUAGUACAAAAUGUAAACAGUUGUGUAUCGACGAUCCCCAUUGCAUUGCUUACAGCUACUGCGAUUGCGACGAAGUUGAACAAAAAUGCAAAAUUUAUAGUUUCGAGAACAUUGGAGGAUUAAAAAGAGAGUCAAGAACAACGACUGUCUUUGUUGCAAAAUAAGCAGCUCGAUCAAAGUGAAUGACCACAAUUUUAAUAAAGAAUAAACAUUUGCGCAAAAUUGGAAUUGCGCAUUCAGCAUUCUUUUAGAAAAAAACUUUGAUAACUAAAUAUCAAAAACUGUAUUCAUUUAUUUCAUUUAUUUCUAUGUACGUUUUCUUAAAAAAUAAAAUUGUCUUAUUUUUCUGUUAAAAAUUCCUAUAUAAAACAACUCAGUAAUAAAGAAAGUUCCCAACAACGAUCACGACACAACAUUUGAAAAGUUCAGAAGAAAUUUACUUGCAACACUGUUGAGGACUACGGCUUGGAUAUCGUUUAUGAGCCUUCCAACAAUCAAAAUAACGCCACAUCUCAAAAUGACAUUGUGAACUAUCUAUAUUUAGACGUGAUUGUGAACGGGUCCUUACUUAAUGUCUUGUCGGCAAGAAUCGCCUUAACGUUAUAAUUUUAUCAUAGUUAUUUUGAUGACCAGGUAGCACUUACAAUAUGGGAUUGUGUUUUGAUGCUUGUAUAGUUUUUUACAACUUUAAUUUAAAACACUUGUUUAAAACAAAUAUUGCAAAUGUACAUGUUCUUCUGUACGUGUUCUUAUAAGAGAGUAUACUAUAAAUGUUGUCGAUGCAUUAAACUGUUGCACUGUGUAUUGACGAUACUGUUACAUCCUAAAAUACUCGGUCCAUAUACUUAGAUAUUAAUAAAGUUCGUAAUGUACCAAUAGCUUUAAGAUUUACACUCAAUAUAACUCAAUAAUAAAUUAAGUUCUUAGGAGAACCUCAAGCUAUAUUCAACUUACUGGAAUUAAUUAAGCAUAACAGGUCAUAUUUUAAAGGUUAUAUGCAGAGAAAAAGCUAGGGGAAAUAGAUGCAACAGUUUUGUACUUUGUCAGUAUCAUACUUUUUGUAUUGGUAAGUGUGUGUAGUAUGAAGCCAAUGUACAGAUAGACCUUAAGAUAGACCGAUGCAUAGAGGGUACAAUAAAUGUUGUCACCGCAUUGUACGGUUAUCUGAUUGUUCUUUUGUACCGUGUGUAGCAUCAUAGAUUUCUGUGGUUAUAUCUGUACCAAUAAUUUUAUAAUUAACACACUUAAAUAAAAGAUACCCGGCAUGAAAUGAAGUUGCUAAGAGAAACUUGUAUUUAUGAAUCCACCCCCGUAAGCACAGAUGGUUAUUUUUGACUUGAGGGGAAAAGAAACAACAAAAGUUAUAGUUAAAUUGAAAAUUGUCAAAUUUAAUGAUAAAAUGACGAAAAAAGUAUAUAUCCGACAUGCCGGAAACGGUAACCAUACCAGGUCCUGAUUUCAAAGUGAUAAACAAAAGCGACUUUGGAAAAUGGAAGCCACAGUACUUUAAUUUGCCGAGAUCACUGGCUUUGUAUUAGUUAGUUAAUUUGUAAAUAGUUAAAGCUUAACUUAAGAUAGAUCCAAUUGCCGGUUUAAUAUAGCUUCGAACGGACUGGCAAAUCUUUCUGCUGUUUCAAUAACUAUAUAUUACUAUUAAUUAUUAUUUUUAAAGACUACUUAGUUUAAUCUUAUUUUAUUGAUAUAUACAUGUAUAUACAAUACAGAUACAAAUUUCAUCAUAUGUAUACUAAACAGCAAAAGCAAACGGGUUGGGCCCAAGUUCUUACAACAUUAGCGGUAGGCCCUCCCGGCAGAUAAUGAAACGAAAGAACUUUACUCAAUACUCAAUGGCAUACAACAAAAAUAUAGUGUAUAUCAUGUAUAAUUGCUGAUGAAACGAUUUUUAACAAUAUACAAUAAAGUAAUCGAACAGAUAGAAAUCAACGUUUGUGUAAUUUAUAAAUUUAUAAAUAUGGAUAAUCCAAGGAUUCAGUAUCACCUACCCGCCCCCGCCCCCACCCAUCCCCAUAAA